CUCGGUUUCGGUGAGCUGAAGGAUACUUUGUACUUGAGUGCAUGUUUUAAAGACAUUUGAAUAACGUAAAAUGGAUGUCUUUUACUUUGCUGAUAAUUGUUAUUUUUGUAGGCUGCUUUGGUUACAAAACCACUAGGCAAAUUGAUGCAGUAUGGAUAGAGAGGUCUCAGUAACACCUCCGUCCCAGACACCAAAAUCACUUGUCAGACAAGCAGCAGAGGCUAUAUCACAUCAGAUUGUACUCAACUGUCAUGCAGCUUUGGUAAAAUGCCUAUUUCAUCCUGACGAAGAAGUUAGAGAGUCAAUGAUUGUGUACUUGAAGAGAUUAAAAGGCUACUACUGGAACGAUAAGUAUGGAUUGGUUGAGUAUUAUCGCAGACACAUUAGUGAUGUGUUUACAGAUGUAAUGGAACUGCAUUCUAGUAAAGUUGAAGCCUUACCAGUCGAAUUACAUGCCCUUCUGAGUGAAAAUUCAGGCGUUAUGGUGCCCUCAAUACUCGUCACACUUGCUGCCCAAGUCCUAUUUACUUUUGAGGUUGGAUAUUCGAGUGCAAUGGAUAUGAUUCAAGUAUUGAGUGUUCGCAGCACAACAGCCAGAAUAUUUAAUGGACUUUUGGAAGCAGUUGUUCCUUUUCAUUUGGAGAGGUUAUCAACGGCCUUCAUCAAGUUUGAAGAAUCUGCACCGGUGUUAACCUUGCUAAAACAUUCUCCUUACCUCAAGCAUGUAUUCCUUGUUAAUAACAGUAGUGUUUUUGUAUUUAAUAGUCUUCGAAUGUAUGGCAAAAAUAUUGAAACGUUAUAUUUUAAAUUGUUUGCAUAUUAUGCUGUGCUCACAAGUGGAAGUUCAUCAAGUGACAUUCUCUUUGAGACCUUCUUUGGGGGACUGAGGAUGGAUGAUGUAAUACAAAGCCUUGAUAGUAAAGAAAAAAUUGUGCUUUCCUUUCCAAAACUAAAGGAAGUAGUCAUCAAUAAUAACAAUUCGAACACGUGUGUUCCAAUAACAGAAUUUAUGCAUUGCCUUCAACAUUUAUAUCCACUUAUUAAGACAAGAUGGGUUAACUUUAUUAAUAUUCACAAGCCCAGUCCUGAGCUCCCUGUGUCUGCUUUCCGACUACACUCUCCCUUUUUGAGAAAAGAAAAAUAUAAUUGGGAUGUUCUGCAGAUUGGGUAUGUUAAUGAAUUAGAGUUAUUAGAGGACACUGCAGAAAACUAUGGAGAGUAUCCAACCGUAAACCACAUAGUGAUUGAGGUUGAUGCAGUCUUCAGUGCAAAGACAAGGAAUUUUGUCAAAGACCUUAUGAAAAGGCAUCAGUGCAUGAGCAUUGAGUUAGUGUUGUAUAAACAUUCUCUCUUCUCAAAUUCAGAAUUAGCGUCUGUAUUUCAUGAAAUUGGUAAUAUUUUACAGACGCUUUGUCUUAAUUUACUGUAUGGAGUCGUUGCCAAAGAGCUUGUUGUAGCUUUAAAUUCGUGUUCAGCUUUACAGGUUUUGAGCCUAGAAACAAACCUUGAAGAGUAUGAUUACUCACAAAGUCCUUUUAACACAUUUCCAAAGUUGAAUUCCUUAUCACUCACUAUACACUCUCCAUCAUUCCCAAGCAAAGCUGCAGAGAAUUUCCAGCACCACUUGAUAACUGCAGCACCUUUUAUCAGAACAUUAAAGACAUCUUAUAUCUCGGAAGAAGGGCUAGAACGGAUGGAUGUAGGAGGCCUUCUGUACUUGAAUGCAUUACAUAUCGGGAGCACUUUCCCCAGGAACCUUCGAAAGCUUUAUCAGAAGGCUUCCGUCACUGUCCAUACUUACGUUAAACGGGCAUUUUUGGACUUGCCGACGCAGGAGCAAUGGCACUUACUUUAGCCUUAAGGAGCAUUUCAAAAGUACAAACCUAAAAAUUUACGGAAUAGGUAAAUUUUCACGUUUUCCUUUCACCCAGUGUUACGAGUUCUUUGACUGAUACCUUCAUCUUUGUAUAGUCUGUGAUGUACAUUUCUUUGUGUAAGUUUAAGCAAAUAGAGUUUAUAUUUUUAAAGAUGUAUAUAUGUGCAAUAAGUUUUAAUAAAAAAAUCUCACUGA